GCCAGAACGAGGAUGGUGAUUGGCUGCCGGCGAGUUACUCCGGGCCCCGGCGCGAGUUGCUGCAGCGCAUCGCAUCUACUUACUUACCACCACCCACAAAUCUCACCGAAUACUAUUCCCCCUUCCCAUAUACCUCUGUCCAUACUCCCUUCCACUAUACUCUACUCACUACUUCCCCUCUCCCCUGUUACUGUCCGCCAUGUCCGAUCCCGCCCUCCAAAUCCCCGAAGCCAUCCAGACGGCCUCCGUCAACCCGGAGCCGUCCCCCGAACACGACCUCAAUCCCCCAACUGCCGCCGCCUCCGAGAAGCAACCCGUCGUGGAAGAGGCCCCCUCCGAGGCGGGUAGCAUUCCCUCCGAUGUCGUUGAUCCCCAUCGAAUGAUCAAGCCCACUCCGCGGCGCCACAACCUCCCCCCACUGCCCGAUCUCCGGUUCGAACAGAGCUAUCUAGCCAGCUUGCGGGGAGCCGAUACCUGGGGGCGAGUCGCUUGGAUCACGAUCAGAGACCAGGUCCUCCUUCCUCUGAUUCAAGGGACCGUCUGGACCCUGGCUCUUUCGGGUUGGCGCUUCUGGAACCGCAACGCCUCGCUCAGUGGACAGACGCUGGGGAGCAAGAUACGACGCUGGUGGUACGACGUCAAUAACUGGAAGCUCCCUCCUCUACGAUCAACUAGGGAUCCUCGACUGGCUGCGAAGGUGGAAGACUUCUACACGGCGCAGUUCGCCAAUGCCGGUGCGGACUAGGCUCCCGGGUCGGGAUCAGGUAGGUACUGUGUAUGGUUGUUAGUCGGCAUUUCGGGAGUUCAGCGUACGGCGUUUCAAAAUAACGAGCAUUCGGG